UGCGAGAUAAAACAACUUUCUGUUUCUACAAAAUGUCCGAAUUUGUGAAGCAAACAAAUAAUCCUAACGAAAAGGAAUGGAUUAAUUGGCUCGAUGAAGCCAUUAAAAAUGAACAUAUAAAAUAUUAUGAUUAUGAACAUUUUAGUAAAAUUAGAACAAUCGGUUCUGGUGCGUAUAGUGAUGUAUAUCGGGCGAAGUGGAAAAAUACCGAAAAAGUUUUUGCUUUGAAGGCAUUUAAAAAUAAAGAGCGGAAAGACAUAACGUUAAAGGAAAUUAUUCAUGAGUUUAAAUUACUACGUAAAGUCGAUUUUCAUGAAAAUAUUAUCCGAUUCUUAGGAAUUUCUAAUCGAAAUGAAGGUAAAAAUAAUAUUGAUAAUUAUUUAAUUUCAAUGUAAUAGCUCAUAAAACUCGCUAAAUAAAGAUUACGUGAUGGUA